AUUUUAGUUAUGAUGACCUGAUUGGAUUACCUGAGGCUAUAUAAACAAGGUAAUCUAUGCAUAUUGCGUGGAUAUUUCUCUGACCUUGUACUCUGUUGCCUAACUUCUCUUGUGACUUCUGGCUGGUAUGUCAGGACAGCAAAAGCAUCAGAUAGUUAGCAUUCCGGUCAAUCGUGAACCAAGAUCAUUCGAGAAACAAAGACGUGAUCUGUUAACAGGUUUAGAACGUGGAGGUAGUGGGAGUAGUCAUUCUGGGAAUUCGAUCACACCAUAUCAUGAUGACUGGGCCGGCACAGUAGACCAUUGGGUCAACUCAGCAUGGAGAAGAUGGGAUGAAGAUAUGCGUCGAUUGAGGAGAGGGAUGUUUGCAUUAUUGCCAGUGGAUCAUUUUCCUCUAUCAACUCAUGAUCCAUUCGCUUUAAUGCAUCAAAUGGAGCAUCAUAUCCAAGAUAUUCGAGACAGAAUGGGUACAUUGGAUGUCCCGUCUACUGCUUCAGCUAACGAUUUCUUGAAAGAUGCCUAUGAAGUUGGUGAAGAUGGGAAGGUACAUUUUAAGGUGAGAUUUGAUGCGAAGGGCUUCGAUCCAGAAGACAUCAAUGUAACAUCGAGUGACAAUCGUCUGACAGUGCAUGCAAAGAAGGAGACGCAGAAAGAUGGUGUAAAGUGCCACCGUGAGUUCUGUCGUAUGGUUGAGCUUCCACGGAGCAUUGACAACAAUCAUUUGAAAUGCCGUCUCACAGAUGAUGGUGUUUUGAUGUUGGAAGCACCAGUGAAGGUUCCUGAAUAUCAGUCGCUGACACUGAAUGAGUCUGGUCAGGUGGGUAUUCGCCCGAAGUCAGACAGUCAGCUGCAAGCAGUUCCUUCUUCGAAGGCUCUUGUCGUGAAAGGUACUCAUGGCCCAACGGUUUUGGAUGAUGGAGCCGGUGGAAAGCUUCUUCAUGUCGAAGUUCCAGUGGAUCCUGUCUACAAGCCUGAGGACUUAUGUGUGAAUGUGGAUUCGGGUCGUGUUGUUGUCAGUGGACGUCAUCACAAGGAGAAGAGAAGUGAUCGUGGACAAGCGAGUUCAUUGGCUGAGUUCAGCCAGUCAUAUGCAAUUCCUGAAACGGUGGAUCCACUGUCUGUGACCGCUCAAUUGGUUGGGAAGACAUUGGUGUUGGAAGCUCCAUUGAUGAAACACAAUGCAAUUACUCAUUAGAAGAGUAUGAAUUGGUUUAAAACGACUCUAACAACUAAUGUGACUCACUCAUUGUGUCUGUUAUUUGUACUCCAAUACAUAUUCUUCAU